GUUGACAUAAGAAACAUGUGGAAAAAAUUCUCCUCAACUAUCACUAUUGUCUUCCUAAUACUAUGUGCUGCUGCUAAUUCUAUAGUAAAAGCCUCCUUCGAAGAUGAAGUAGACAUUAAAAGAUCAGAUUUUCCAGAUGGGUUUCUCUUUGGAGCGGCUACUUCUUCAUAUCAAAUCGAAGGAGCCAAUUUGGAAGACGGGAGGAGUCUCUGUAACUGGGACGUUUUUUGUCAUAUAAAAGGCAGCAUAGCAAAUGGAGAUAGCGCUGAUAUAGCUGAAGAUCACUAUAACCGUUACAUGGAAGACAUUGAGAUACUACAUUCUCUUGGGGUGGAUGCUUAUCGCUUUUCAAUUUCAUGGAGUAGAGUUCUUCCAAGUAUGCAUUUUCUUUCUCCAUUUGAAAGGUUUCAUUGUUCUUGUUUUUUCUUGAGUUGGGUUGUAGUUUUUGAUAAACAUAUUUGUGAUUAUGGAGGAGGGAAGUUUGGUGGAGUAAACCAAGCAGGAAUAUUGUUCUAUAACAAGAUUAUAGAUAAUCUCCUAAGCAGAGGUGCGAUGCCAAAUGAUUAUCUUAUUAAAUGCUUUCUCCUGUUCAAGCAGAUUUGUUUCAUUGCAGACAAUUCAAAAUUUAGUGCAGGAAUUGAGCCAUUUGUGACAAUUCACCACUUUGACUAUCCUCAAGAACUUGAGAACAGAUAUGGGGGGUGGCUCAGCCAUCUGAUGCAGGAAGAUUUUGUCCACUUCGCUGAAAUAUGUUUUCAGAGUUUCGGUGAUCGAGUGAAGUAUUGGUGUACAAUCAAUGAACCCAACUUAUUUUCAGAAUUUGCAUACGAAAGAGGUACUUAUCCACCAGCUCAUUGUUCGCCGCCUUUCGGUAACUGUUCAACUGGCAAUUCAGAUGUCGAGCCUUUGAUUGCUGUGCACAACAUGUUAUUGGGGCAUGCCAAAACAGUUAAAAUAUAUCGCGAGCGUUUUAAGUCUGAACAACGUGGUGUGGUUGGCAUUGUUGUACACUCAUUUAUGUACAAGCCAUUAACUGAGGAUAAGCGGGACAAGGAAGCUGCUGAUAGGGCCUUGGCUUUUAAUAUAGCUUGGAUUUUGGAUCCAGUUGUAUUUGGAGACUAUCCUCCAGAAAUGCGUCAUUAUCAUGGAAGUGAAUUGCCAAAGUUUGCCUCAGAGGAAAGAAUUAUUUUAAGAGAUAGCAUUGACUUUAUUGGGAUAAACCAUUAUGCUACCUUAUAUGCAAAGGAUUGCAUCUAUUCCAGUUGCAUUUGCAACGACUCUAGCUGUACCAAAGGUAGUGACCGUGCAAUCCGGGGAUUUGUGUACACAGCUGCAGAGCGAGAUGGUGUUCCAAUUGGCGAACCUACGGGAAUGGCUCGAUUUUUUGUUGUUCCACGGGGCAUGGAGGAGAUUGUUGAAUAUGCUAAGAAGAGAUACCUUAACAAGCCUAUGUUUGUGACAGAAAAUGGUUAUUCCUCCCCCCUAAACAAAGUUGAGGAUUACCAUCAUGAUGUCAAGCGGAUUAAUUAUCUGAAAUCUUAUCUUGCAUUCCUAGCUCGAGCUAUAAGGAAUGGAGCUGAUGUGCGCGGUUACUUUUUAUGGACAUUGAUGGAUGAUUUUGAAUGGGUGAAUGGAUAUAGUGUUAGAUUUGGAAUUUAUCGCGUUGAUCCUCAAACAUUGAAUAGAACUCCAAAGCUCUCUGCUAGUUGGUUUAGAAAUUUCUUGAGCAAUUGUAGCCUGAAUUAUGUUGAAUCGUGUAAUUCUAUUUCAUUGAUGAAUACAGACGAAUCAAGGGCUCAAUCUGAAUGAUGGUAAUAAAUGGUAAAAAAUGAUUGUUGUUGGAACUA